UUUUGCUUAUUUGCUUUUUUUAUACUUAUUUGGAAAUUAUUGUCACUUGCUUCGUGAUUCGUAGGGCAUAUGAUCACGUCAUAAGCGUUCGUGUACAACAAGCCAUAAUACUAUAACUUAUUCGUAUAAUAUAUGUAUCGUGUAAUUUAUUUAAAUAAAAAUUAUUUCGAACGUUGCCUACAAGUUUUACACUGAAUUAGACUAGGUAAUCGACAGAUGGCGCCACUCCAUUAGCAAUAGAGGUUAUGGCAAAAAGUUUUACUUGUUGUUUGUUUUAGGGAUGUCUAGAUGUCGCUGUGUUAUGUACGCUAGUUACGUUAAUUUGUAAAUCAAUAUAAUAAACGUCUGUACAUAUUUAUCCAUAACAAUUUUCAAUAUUUUAUUUGUACACGAUGGCGAAGCACCAGUUUGGGAUGGUUGGUGAGAAUGGAAAGGCAGGUCAGUUAGCCCAUCCCAUUCAACUCCCACAAGGUGUAUGGGUCUGCAUAAAGCAUUUUCCAGACGUUUAAACAAAGGUCAGUUAGCCCAUCGUGAUAAAUUCAUCUGGAAUUCAGCACAAUAGUUGCCAGAAGAGACUAUACGGAAGUCGACCUGACAAGGUAUAUUGCUAGCAAUGGGACUGGUAAUCUCCAUUACUUACAAUCCCUUUUCCUCACAGUAAGAGUUAGAUAAACAUACCCAAAGCAACUUACAUUAGUAAGUAUUUAUAAUUUUUCCGUGGGUGGUUUGUAGGUAGUUUUAAUUAUUAUAGAAUUACAUGUUGUUGACUAGUAAAGGUCGAUCAGAUGCUUGUGAAUAAAUUCUUCUGUCCACUAGUGGGAAGUAUGUACUAGUUGUUUAUACACAGCGUAUAUCAAGACCUCCACAUUCCUAUACGAAAAUAGACGCUUUGACAGAUGGACGUUAAUACCGGAGCUUUUCAUUUUAUUUUGAAACUAUCGCCAAACUUAAUUCAGCGCUAGGCACCAGGCAGACACAGUAACGUCGUAUAUAAACACGGUACCAUGCGAAAAUGGACAGUAUUCCAGCUCAAAAUAAGAACCAUUUUGUUUUAAUACUAACUUAUCGACUGCAUUCGAAACAAUUACCCCAGCAUUCGAAUUUCACCGCUAUUGACCGUACUCAGAAGGUAUAUUUGUAUAUUCUCACGUAAACAAUGGAAUUCCAUUUAAAUUUAGAACAUGUCGCUUAGGUCUCAAAGUUCAAUAUCCUGUGAUGUUAUUGUACCAUUUUACGUUGACCCGCGUUCAGAUUGGAACGUAAGCUACAAUGAGAUCUAUCUGUAAUACAGAUUUCUUAGUACCACCAAUGUAAAUUGACCCGUUGUUUAUAUGAACCGGUAUGUGUACUAAAGGCCUUUAAAGGUGGUCUUUCAUUUCAUCCAUUACAGUUUGUAAAGAGGGUUUCGUUUUUCAGUUUCAAACGGGACUCGAUCGCAGACGGUUUGCGGUCUAUGUUUUUUUUUUGUAAGAAAACAAAUUGUGUAUCUAAUAUUUACGUGGUAGAUGCCUAAUUUACGUUAAUACUCGUAUUUAUUAACUAGUAACUCACCCUGGCUUUGCACAGGUGCAGUUAAUUACUGAAUUUAUUUACUUUAACAAAAAAUUAAUUGAGAUAUACAAGUCAUUCGAAAAAUAUAUCUAACAUUAGUGGCAGUGAAACUUGUAUCUCAAGUCACAUGCGUGGUUUAGAAGAAGUAAGCUGACAGACAGACGGACUCAGCGAUAUUGUCUUAUACUGUUUAGAGAUUCUAUUGUCAAAAUAUUUUUAUUUAUUUUGUUGUUUUUCGUUCUAUGUUUUUGUAGGAAAAAUGUUUGGGUUUUUUUGGUAGAUUUUUUUCCUUGGAAAGAUGAUACUGCCUUCGAUUUCACCUAUAAAUAGGCAUACAGAGUGAAAACGAAUACAUCCUGUUAAUAUUACAAUAUGAAUGAGAAAGUUUAUAAAAAUUUAUUGAUGGGGAUAUUUGUUACUCUUCCACGCAAAAACUAUUGUACGGAUUAAAUGAAAUGCGGUACACUGGUAUGUUUUGUUCUAAAACACUUACUGAUUUAUGAUUCAUGCGAGUGAGGUCGCGGGAUACAGCGUUAUAGUUAACGAUAUUCUCGAAGUUUCUACUCUCUAGUUUAAUUUUAAUUAAACUAGCCGACUCAUUAAACGUUGUAUAGCCCCUUACCGCCAUCUAUCGGGUCGAUUUUUUCGAGUCGUAAUAAAUUUCAUAUUUUGGAGGCCUUGGAGCAAAUAAAAAAAAUUAAUAACAUUAUUAUAAUUAUAUCAUUUAUAAAAUUUCAUUAAAAUCGUUUGAGCGGUUUCAUAGAUAUAUUAAGAUAAGCACAUACCAUACAGUUGGAAACAUUACCCUUCUUUCGUUGAUAGUCUGGUAAAUGCAGCCCAAUGCAGUAUAAGCCAUGUUGAAUUUCAGUGAACAGACAAUGUGUGUAAGUACGACAACAAUAGGUUAAAACAAUGUGUUGUGUAAGGAACCCUAUCUUUAUUUAAUAACAGUGCGUGCUUCAUGUUUUCUUUUGUUGUCAACCAACUUGAAAAAGAAGGAGAUUGUUUUUUAUGUUUGUUACCUCGUAACUCAUUUAUAAAUCGAAUACAAUCCAUUUCUAGUUGAACUUAAAUUUCCAAAUCGGAAUUGGAAAUGAAAUUUGGAUAUUUUGCUUGAUGUCGGUACAAACAUACAGACAGACAACAUUUCUAAAAAAUAUUUAUUUUCUCAUCUAUUAGUAAGGGUCCCCAUUUUAUUUUUUCUAUAAUUUCUCCUCGUCUAGUUACAAUUUUAUUAUAUUAUUAUUAUUUCAGCCGUUAACUGUCCACUGCUGGACAUAAGCCUUCCCCAUAAGGAGAGUUUUGACAGUAGUUGCCACGCUUGGCAAGCGGGUUGGCAACCGCAGUUGGGUUUUUAGAAAUGUUUUAAGAGGGAGGCUGCUGCUUAUCCCUCGCCCUCCCUUAGUUACAUUUUUAUUAUAUUAGUAAGAUAGAAGGCAAAAGAGGAAGAGGAAGACCGAGGAAUAACUACAUGGGACAGAUAAAAGAAACACUAGGUGUCAUGUCGUAUAGGGACGUCAAGGAUAUGGCCUGGGAUAGAACUGGCUGGAAGAAGAUGCAUGAAUUGGUUGCACCGACAAGAGGAAACUCUUAAAUGAAAAGAGAGUAAGAUAGAUAAAUAUAAAUGAUUUCUUGGACACUUCAAGAGAUAAGUUUGAAUGCCUUUGAUUUCUACCGUGACAUACCGCCUGUCCAAACUUUCAGAACGACGGUCAAGUCUCUUCAUAAAUAAUAAUAGCCAACUUGAGACAUGUUCCACAACAGCGCCAUCUAGUUGAAAACUAAGGACAGCUUGUAUGGGCACUAGACAAUUGACGCACAUAUAAAUGUAUAUUGGCUGUUAGGUCCCGGCAUAGAAUAGGCCACCCCUUCCUUUCCCGUGCGUGUCGUAAGAGGCGAUUAAAAUAGGGCGAGGGGUGGGCAGCAGCGUUUCUCUUAAAACAUCUCUAAAAGCCCAACUACGGUUGCUAAUUCGCCUUACAAACGUAACGACUACUAGCAAAACCCCCCUAGGGGGAAGCUUAUGUUCAGUAGUGGACAGUUAAAGCCCAAUAUGAUGAUGAUUAUAAGAUAGUUAAAUAGAUACGUCAUCGUAACCUUCAAGAAAACAGUAUAUUCCUAUAUAAAAGGCUGGUAGUACACCUAUAAUGCUUCUAGUGUUGUGGGUGCUAAUGGGCGGCGGUAGUCAUUUAACAUCAGGUGAGCCGCAUGCUCGUUUGCCCCAUGUAUUAUAAGAAAAAAUAUUGAUAUACAAUUUUUAAGCGACUAUUAUAAGUUAAAAGAGGAGUUUCUCAACUCGUCUUUAAUCUAUACAUUGGUCCAAUAAAGGAUAUAUUAAAUUUCAGAGAUAUAUUUAAUAUUCAGAGAAACUCGAUAUAUAUAGGUGUGUGUAAAGUACCCAUAUUACCUAUGCUUGUAAAAAAAGUACACCAUAGAUAGGUUCUCGUCUGCGCACGCUUUUAGAGUAUGUCAAUGAAACUACAAUUAUACGUCGAAAUCCCCGAAUUCCCGGAUAUUACACCUCGAAUCGGUUUUCAGUAUUCCAUAACUACCAUAACGUGUUUGGCUGAGUGCCAGCAGUCGACUCACUGCUGUGGUGUGUGGUGUAAGGUAUAGCCAGAGAGCGGCGUUUGUUGUCCCUUUUUACUCAGCUGCCAAAGAAAUAUUAUCUGUGUGCUAACGGAUUAAGAAUGUUAAUGUUUCACCGCUUCUUUUUGUAAGAUACGAUUAAUGCAGCAAAGCAUAAAAUCAGAAGAUACCAGGAAAAAAGAAGAGAAAAUUGAAAUAUAAUUCUGUGCUAAACCGCAUGCUCAAUGUAGUUUAAUUACGACGACAAUCGGUUGUUAUGGCUGUAACGUUGAAGAAUAAUGUUUUUCAGACGAAUGUUUGCGCAGAUCUUUGGUGCAUUAGCACGUGUUCUUUAAUCUUAAUAGGCUUGAAGUUUUAUAGAGACUUUAUCCUCCAAAUUUUUUAAAAAAUUGAGGCAAAAUUUUUUUCUUUACACAAUUCAGUCUUGUUUUUGGUUGACUUUGUUACGUCCAGUAGUUUUUAUGAUUAUUAAAUUUUUAUUGUUUGAGACACGAUGCCAAUUUUAUUUAUACUUUUUAUGUGACUGAGAAUGACAAACAAGCUUUAUUAGCUUGUUUUCUAGUCUCUGUUUAAGGAAUUGAUAAGGGAGAUCCAAUAGAAUAGAAUACUUUAUUUGCUUUGAAUAGGUUGUAACAAAAGUUCUUAUUAAAUAAAUAAACAGUUCCAUAUUCAGCCAAUAUUAUAAUAUUAGCAUGCGAGUUAUAAUUUAAGUAUUUUUUUUAAUAUGAUUACUGAUAAUAUGUAAUAUAUAUAAAAUUCGUGUUUCCUAAAACGCAAAAUCUAUUCGUUUAUACCACUUUUAUCGGGAAAUAAUAUUGCAGCAUGCAAGUUAUUUAUUACACACAAGAUUCUGGUACUACAGAUUAUGCAGAGCUGGAAUUUGGAUGUUGCAAUUUUUUUUAUUUUACACCUUUGUAAAGAUAUGGUUUUAAUGUGUCCUCUAUUAUUUGGAUAUCAUCCCAUUCUUGCCGAUUUCCAUUAUAGUUGUAUAAUGGUAUAUUUCAUGUUGCAUUAGUAAAAAUAUUGAAUGGACUUGCAGUUGAAACGUCUCUGAUCAUAUAAAAUCUAUGAAUAUUUACUUUGUAAACACAUAUCUGCAGUGUUUUAAUAUUUAUAUUCGGAGAAAAACUAAGUAUAUAAACAGUAUAUCGGAAAGUUGAAAUUACAAAUUGGUUUGUAGUUUAUUUCCAGUGGAAAGAUUUUAAGGAUCAUUCAAAAAUAAUUUUAUAUGUAAAGAAUUUGUAUUCUAUAUGAUUUUAGUACUGUUUCUAUGGGUUAUGAACAUGAUUCGCCUGUAUGUUCCAUGAUGUUUUUGCUGAUUUUUAUUAUUCCUUUUGCAAUUAUUACUUUCAUAUUGGUUUAAAUUUUGUCACUACUAAAGUAACUGUACAUAAGGGUAGAGCCCUUUGGCACUUUGUUCUUUCUGCCUAUGAAGGUAAGUGAAGUAUUUGGCAUUUUUAUACAAUCAUCAUCAUCUUCCUACCCUUAUCCCAAUUAUUUGGGGUCGGUGAAAUAUGAUUUUAUCCAUAUUACAAAAAGAUUUGUUUUUUUUAAUUUUACGACCGCCUGCCUGACGUCAACCCUCUUUGGGAAUCUAAAAUAUUAAAUUUUUAUGAUAUUUAUUUUCUACGUCGGAUAUUAGAAAUUCUAAUAUGGCCGCAUAAUUUUUAUUUAAUUCCCGUUACUAAUAGCGACCUAGUUCUAAAGAUAUUGUUAGUGUAUCCCCUUGUGCAAAAGUAAAUGGAAUUAGUUGCGCAUGCCGUUCUAAUUUUGGCAUCACGAACAUUAUUUCCUCUCCUAAGACCUCAUUUUGUAUCCAACCUACCUCUGUAAUUACUUUAUCAUCAUGGUGAACGAAUACGCACUCAGAGGAAUUCUUUAGAUCAUAUUUCCUGAUUAUUUAGUUCAUUAAUAGGUCGAAAAUAAUAACAAUUUAUGGUAUUCUAAGAAAUUACGCCGUUGGAGUUCUCCGUUAUAAUUAUCUGAUAUUUAUUAUAGGUAUUUAUAAAUAGAAACAUCAAUUACUAUCAAUUAUCGUUUCUUUGUCAAUAUAGCAAUUGUUGACCUCCAAUCUUUUUGGAAAAUAUGACUUACAAGUUCUUACUCAGUUAGUAUUUGGAGCUAAUUAUGCAGAAGACAGUAAUCACUUGUGAACGUCUUAGGAAACGUGGCUGCAUAUGAUAUGCUUUCCUGCAUAUCUAGUUUCAAUUAUUGUUAUUUGAGUAAUAUUUUUUCCCGUUUGCUUCCACAAAUUUUUUUAUUUGUGAAAUAUUCUUUCCCCUCUCACCGUACUGGUUACUCUUCAAACUCUUUUCUCCUACAUUCUUCACGACUCUGGAACGCGCUUCCUGAUGACAUUAAGAGACUACCGACUAAACCGUCUUUCAAAAAAAGCGUUCACGCUCAAUCUUAUUAUCUCUUUUUAUCUAUCCCUUUUUUCAAUUUCCGAUUAUCUGAAAAUGUGCUUUGAAAUUUCAUAUUAAUUCUCAGAGGAUUAUAUUGCAUUGCGUGUGAUUCAUCCCUUAAGGGGGUCUUCCUAUGUGAUGGGUUGAAAAAAUCGAUUUUUUUUUUCAUAAAUUGCUCCCUUAACAUGUCUAGAAUACGGUAGUAAAGCGAUUUUAGAAAAUUCGAAGUCGUUUUAAAGAUACAGCAGGUAAAAGGAAGAGCGGUUCGGAGCGCUGAGUUGGCAGUUAGAGCCCGGGCCUAUUGUGUACCGUCGGCUUUAUACGUGGCCUCCCUUUUAUUCAUAUAUCCGUUUAUACAAGUUUAGACACGUUUCUACAGACUUAAACAGAAAUUUCUAUUGUUAUAAUAUUUUACCGAAGUUAUUUUAGUCUUGGUUGAACUUCGAAGAGAGCAACAGCUACAAAUUAUUUUUUUUCAUAAUGAGUGGACGGAAAGGAAGUACGAGUGAAAAUGUUCAUCCUGGUCGUAGUAAAAAAAGAAAGUUUAGUGGAAACCGUUUUACCCACCAAAAUGAUACGGUAUUUACAUCAGCUUCGGCCAAUAAACUUAAAAAUAACAUGAACAUGGAGGUUCCCAUCGCUUCGAAUUUCGCAUAUUGCAUUUUGGAGUUUGUUUCUGUAUUUGCUGCAAUCUCUGAAAUAGUUAUAUGUAAAACUUGUAAAAGUGACGUGUCUAUUUCGCGAUCAAGUUUCCGAGGCCUAGGCUUUAAAAUUAUUUUAUCGUGUGAGUGUGAAAAACAGACAGUUAUAAACUCAGGCCCGUUGAUCGGAAAUGCAUUUGAGGUUAAUCGUCGGUUUGUAUUUGCGAUGCGAUUAUUGGGAGUUGGUCAAGAAGGAGUAAAUCUUUUCUGUAGCUUUAUGGACAUGUGUUCGGGUGUUGCAAAUUCUACUUAUACUGCACUACUGGAAAACAUUCAUAUUGCUACAUCUUCACUGUGUGAUACUUUAUUGGCAUUCGCUGUUACGCAAGAAAAAACUAUGAAUGAAAAAUCAGGAAAACCACAGGAUGAAUUGACUGUGUCAGGUGACGGUACUUGGAAGAAAAGAGGCUUUUCAUCUCUGCUUGGCGUAUCUACGUUGAUCGGCAAGUACACUGGGAAAGUUUUAGAUGUCAUGGUCAUGAGUAGUUUUUGUGGUGGAUGUAAUUUGUGGAAAAAAAAAAAAAACAAAUCCUUUAGAAUACGAAAUGUGGUAUGAAACGCAUGUAGAUGAAUGCACCAUAAACCAUUCCGGAAGUUCCGGUAAAAUGGAAAUAAGUGCCAUCACGAAAAUGUUUCUGAGGUCUGUAGAAAAAUAUGGCGUAAAGUAUCUAACAUACAUUGGCGACGGUGACAGCAAAACUUUCAAGGGGAUCCUAGAUACUAAACCGUAUGGAGAUACUGCGGUAACAAAAAAAGAAUGUGUGGGUCACGUAGAAAAGAGGAUGGGAACACGACUUCGGGCUGUUAAAAAGGAUAAAACCAAUAAAGGAAUAGGAGGAAAAGGAGCAGGUAAACUUACUGAUAAAGUUAUCCAAGAAAUUACAAAAUUCUACGGAUUAGCAAUUCGACGCCAUCCAGAUUCGCUUGAAGAUAUGAGAAAGGAAGUUUGGGCAACGUACUAUCACAAAUGUUCUUCUGAUCAAAACCCUCAGCAUCAAUUUUGUCCAGAAGGCGAAGACAGUUGGUGUAAAUGGCGUAAGGCUGAAGCUAAUAAUGAACUGGACCAAUUUCAUCACGAUAAACCACCUCUAAUUCCGCAAGUCCAAGAAGCUAUCAAACCGGUUUUCGAAGAUUUAUCGAAAGACGAAUUAUUAAUUCGUUGUUUAGGAGCAGAGACACAAAACAAUAACGAAUCUUUGAAUUCUUUGAUUUGGACUUUCGCUCCUAAACAUCUUCAUUCUGGUCCCAAAAUUGUUGAAAUUGCUAGCUACUUAGCAGUUAUUAUCUUUAAUGAAGGUUUUCAAGGUAUUUUAAAAGUUAUGUCGAUUAUGGGAUGCCCUGUUGGUCGUGAAGCCCAAGCGUAUGUUGAGAAACGGGAUGAAAAGCGAAUCUUACGUUCUGAGCGGCGCGUAAGUGAUGUCGUUAAACAAGCCAGGAUUGACUCAAGAGCUGAACAAUCUGCUUUAAAAGAGUUUCACGAGGAAGAGGAAGGAAUACUCUAUGGACCAGGCAUCGCCGAUUGAGAAUAAGCCGAUCAGCCGGAAUCGUGGAGGAAGUGGGAGCUCUUUUUUUCGAGGCGGGGGUGUUCAGAGCGCUGUAACUCUAGUUUGACUGAAUAUUUUUAGCUGAAAUUUUAUAUUUAUACUGUCCAAAUAUGUAUUAAUAAAUGAUAAAAAACUUGAAGCUCUAAAUAUUUACUGGUCGUAGAAAAAAAAUCCUAAAAUAUCCCUAAAAAACAGGCCGUCACAUAGGAAGACCCCCUUAAAUGACUUUCACUCGUUCUUUUAAAUGUUUUUUUAAUUCUUUUACUGUUCAAGUUGUUUUUGGAACAUACUAUCUUUUUCCUUUUGAUUUCAUACAAUCUCUUGUCUCGUUAUGAAAUAAAUUACAUUAUCAUUAUCUAUUUCUAUACAGUUUCGUUUUUUUUUUUUUUGCGUAAUCUUAUUUUAUGGGGUAUUACUUUGUAACGAACAUAAAAUUACUUUCAAAUUAUUACAUCUCACCCAAAAGGUUCCUCGAAAAGGGCGCAAUAAGAUAUCAUAAGGUACCCACGUUACGCAUUCGUCACUUCUCUGAUGCUGAAGAUGUUCUUAGGGCACCAUAAUCAUUUACUAUCAGAUGGGUCGCAUGCUUGUUUGGCAUUACAGUUGUAUUAAUAAGUCUCACAGCUUUGGAAUCUAACAGUCAUCUGUGUAAAUGUAGAUUUACGAACGGUUGAUAUUCAACAAGCAGACUGUUAGGUAGAUGAUCCAUAAAUCACGCGCGCCCUUGAAGACAUAAAAAUACAGUUCUGAAAAACGAUAAAAGGUCUGUUCCGCAAAUAUUAAUCGUCAAGGUUUGUAAAAAUAGAAACUUUAGGUUGUGGAAGCUGUAAUAAAAUCAUUAUGGUGCUUCUUUCAGUCUUCGACUUUGGUUUUAUGUUUAAUUUCCUAAUGAAAUAUUAUAUUUAUUUAAGUGAAUUGGGGUGAGAGGGAAAUGCGUUGUUUUGAAAAGAAACCAUAUUGUUACACCCACGUUCGAUGUCUCACUAGUUCACGUAGUAACUUAAAUUAACACAAGUGCCUGUCGUGUUAAAACAUUAACUUAAUGUUGAUAAUGCGAGAUACGGCUUUUGAUUGAGUGGUUCGAGUUGUGGAAAAUGUGCUUCGCGAAUUAUUCUAUCAUAAUGUAUCAAUUUGUUCUGGUAAAAGUUUUUUUUUUUUUAUCCGGGAUAUAAAUUUAUGCAUAUUUCGUUACGUGUAUUCUUUUAUUUAAAUUAGGUUUAAAAUAUAUUAUUUCGUGUGAAAAUUUGACAAUUUUGUGAUGGCAUUCUGAGAUAUACAAAAGAUUGCCAUGACUGUAACAGUUAUUGUUGGAUUUUCAUAUUUGUUGAUUGCAACAAUCUAGCCUAAUUAAUUCUUUUCCAUUAUUGAAUGGGAAAUACGUCAGUAAUCUUAGUCUACUUCAAUCAAAUUUUUAGAGAAUUACGUAAAUAUAUGCUUUGGUAUUUUUUUUUUGAGAAAAGCUGCAAUUUUAACACGAGUCCAUCAAAUAUACUUUAUAUGCUUUAUAUCAUGUAAAUUCUCGUUCGUAUCUUUAAAAUAGAAAAUAGGACAUAUGUGAGGUGCUAACCGUUUUAUGGUUAUGGUGAUCGCCAAUGUGAUAGUUUUAUGUCCACUUUGGUAUUUCUUUCGGGUUGUAAAAUUUUGAUGGUCUAAAAAUUCUUCACUAAGCAUAAAGUAGUUUGUAAGAUUUUGGGUGGCAAUUUUAUAACGGUAUACUGCUAUUAACGUGAUGAAAAGAUCAAGCAUGUUACUAAAUACAUCAAUAAUAUCUGUAGAAAAGUGUCGUCAAUUUAUUAUGAGCAUUGUAGAAAUUUGAAAGUGAACUAGCCUAAUCAUUUUAUGAAGAUCAUUUGAAUUGUCAAUUUAUUUUUUCUGAAACUAAAUAUUUGUACUUUAAUUAGAAUGUUGUUAUAAGCUAUGAGAUUUCUAAACCGUAUCAAAUGCUGUCGGAUGCUGAGAACGGAACAAAUCUGUGAAACGAUCGAUGUGACGGUUUUAAAGAUUUCACAAUUAUCGUUUAGAUGAGACCGAUCCGUAGUAGAUGUACUACGACUGAGAAUUAUUAAAUGGUAUGUAGCAUAAUUAGCGGAUGACGCGAAGAAACUAGUUUCAAUAUUAUAGUUAUCCUCGUCUACAGUUUUAUCAUUUUCACUUAUAGGAGACAUUGAAAAAUGUAUGAGUACUGUGCAGACUAAUAAUUAAUUAGUGUAUAUAUAAUAAAAGUUGACCUCCGAUCUAUGAAAAAUAUUUGUAUUGGCUUAAGUUGCCAGUAAAUGAAAUUCUGUUCAUUUGUCAAGGUUAUUCUUUUUGUUCUGACAUGAUAACCAUCUGUUAUUUAUUUUCUAUAUUUAUUAUAUGUGUUAUUAUAUGUCCAUUUACUCUUCAAUCUUAAAAGUUAGGUACCUUUUAUCGUUAGCCUAAAUGUCUAAAUUAACAAUUACAGUUAGCGUUGCAACUUUUUUAGUUUCUUUAAUUUUUAGUUUAGAAUUUUGUCCAACGUUAUCAAAAAGUGUAAUUUCGUAGUUAAUUUUAAAAAUUCAUUCUCUCUUAUUCUUAUAUUUAUUGUAUUCUUUCUUUCUAUUAUAUAUCAUAUUUUAUCUCAAUAAUUCCGUCUGUUCUAAAAUAUUUAUCUGUCGAGAGAAUAUCGCGAAGAAAUAUUGAAAUUAUCCCGUUUUCCACCAAUACAUUUGUCAACUGUCAAUUAUGUACGCGUUAUGUCACACGAAACCUAUCGAACAUGUCAUAUUUGGUGGAUUUAUCUGUUGACAAUCUGCAAUGACGUCACGAGCGGCCGCAAAUAUACGUCGCAUACUAAACAAACGAUCGAAAGCACGACAUUGGUUGUUUGGUGGUACCCGCGUUUUUGUGGCGUCAAAGACUCUAAUACGAUGCGUCACCUGUUUGGCAGCCACCAAACAGAUUUACAGAUAACAGUAAUGUUGUCAAACAUGAAUUUCUAAAUGUACUGUACUUGCCAGAAUUUGAAGAAUUCCUUGGACAUCGUAAAGAUAAGACUGAUAUAAAGCAAAAUAAACUGGAAUAUAUUUUAACAUAUUACCAUAUCAAUAGUAUUUUAAUAGUGAAUAUUUAUCUGAAAAUAACAUACCUUUUUUUUUAAUUCGUUAAAUUUUUUACGUAAUAGAUUAUAACGUUUAAUAGAUUAUAUAAUCGCUUCCAAAUUGUCAAUCUUAAGGUCAAAACCAAGAUCUUUUAAAAUCUAUAAAAGACAUUUAACUUUUCCCCUGUGUGAUCCCGGCCUAGAAUGGGCCACCCCUUUCUUUCCCGUGGAUGUCAUAAGAGGCUACUAAGAGAGCUUGAUAGUCGAGAGAUGGGCGGCAGUGUCCCUUUAAAAACAUCACCAAACCUAACUGUGGUUACCAAUUCGCUGGCCAAGCGUGCUAAUUAUUGGUAAAAUCCUCCCAAUUAUGGGGAGGCAUAUGUUCAGCAGUGGACAGUUAACGGCUUAUACGCUGCAUAUGGACUUUUAGAUGUCUUCGAAAAGCUUUGCUUGCAUUCUGGAUUGGACACCUUAUAAUUCUGAGGUGGCACCGUUCAUUCACUUUCUCUCAUCUCCCCCUAUAUACGACUAUGACCAUACCUACAUUAAUUUAAUGAUUCACCUGUUUCAAGCUGUAUGUACCUUCAAAAAAUAAAAUACGAAAAUUUUAUAAACUAAGCGUCAUAUCAUAAUUUGGCGGCCAUGUUUGGCAGCUGUCGAAUUUGACGUGCAUUAAAGCGGGAAACGAUUGCGUCCAUACACCAUUGACCCAUUCUCGCAGAUUUAUUCUGGUUCGUCCGGUGCGUGUGUCCUUAUAAUUUUUUUAUUUAUUUAAAAACGUUUCGUUUCGCUUUAGUUGGCUUUGAUUAUUUUAAAUUAUUUAUGGCGUUUUCUUUUUCGCUUUUCGGACGUCCCUUAAAAGAUUGUUGAUUUCUGCAUAUAUUCAGUUUUAUAGCUUUAGAUGAGCUUUUUCUUUGCCGUGGGUAUUGGAAGAGGUGACUAAGGGAACUCAUGGUUGAGGGCUGAGCAGCAACAUCCCUCUUAAAAGAUCUCUAAAAUCCGAAUAGCUUUUACCAACUCGCCUGCCAAACGUGGCCUGCAAAAUAACCCUUAUAGGGGAGGCUAUCUUCAGCGGUUGAUAUUUAAUGACUGAUACAAUACAGUUAUAGCCUUUAUGUCAUGCCAUUCCUGAGAACCAUAAUAAUAAUAAUAAUUUCUCAUGGACUUGACGAGAAGGUGAAAUUCUCGAGAGGACAAAAGUCACCCAUGCGCGCUAUGUCUAACACAAAUUCAUUCCGAUCCUUCAUUGAAGACAGCGGCGUAUUGAUCAAUGAGUAGAUAAUACAGAGCUGUAUUUAUAAGGCUUCCACAGCUAACAAUUCCAUUCAUAGUUCGAUUUCAAUCAAAUAUAUUUCUUAUGUCCACUGCAGAAAGAUCGUAUUGUCUUCAAAAUGGUUUCUUAAGAAUCUAGUUUGUUCUACAAGGAAAUGCUUGGCCUUUCUGAUAUCUAUAAGAGCUUCUGUUUGCACAUAAUAUAGGUAUAUCUUUGACCUUAUUUAAAAAAUAACUGUAGAUAUUGCAUUUUUUAUUUAUUCUGGUUUAAUAUUUGACUGCAUUGAUUUUUUGUUUCGGUCGCGCUCAUUCAGUAAUAGAAAAAAAUAGGUAAAGCUGAUAACAACAAUGAAGUUCUCAUCGAAGGGUUGGUAGUCUAAGUUUCUUCACCUCUCACCCAACAUGAUCCUGAUCCUCCAACUUUCUCCUGGAAUUUGCCUUCAUCUGUUUAUACUUGUGACCAUUCGUUAUUUAUAUUUUCCUUGAUAUCAUCUCUAGAUGAUAGGUUAUCUAUAACCUAUUGUAACUAUACUAUACUAUAGAUUUUGUGUCUAAGAGAUGGGUAAAGCAAGAUUUCAACCUGUCAAGGUAUCCUAUCCUGAGUAUCAGACGAUCGAUAUGAUUGUAUGAUUAUUUAUUAGAGAAACAUACAAUGCCUUGAUCAUAUAAAUAAUUAAUAUAGUUGACUACGCAAAUAAUAUUUGAUCAUGGGCACACGUGGUUUUGAUGGCUCGGUAAAUGAAACUGAACACUGGACACAACAAACUGAAUUCACCUUCUGAUUUAUUUCUUGUAAAAAAAACAAAAUACAUAAGUAUAAUAAUAAUCAAAAAUAAAUGUGGUCAAAAAAAAGUUUAUUUAAAUAAAAAAAAAAAAAUUAAAUAGUCGUCAAGCUUACAAUCGAUUUUUGUUUUGUCCUUGUUAUCUUUAUAUUUUGUAUUGUUAUGACACAUGUACAAAAUAAAAUUGUACUUGGCUUUAUGUAUUUUUUGUAAUCAUUUAUGUUAUCUCGUUUUUGAUGUAUAUGUAUAUAUGUUAUAAUUUGUGUGCUGUAAGUAAUGCGAAUAAAUUAUCUAUCUAUUUAUCUAUCUUAUAAAGAAAAAUUAAAUACACAAGAACAACAAUCAAUAAUGAUUAUGGUCAAUAAAGUUAAUUAAAUAAAAAAUAAACAAAUAUAACAAUUGUCUAUGUUACAAUUGAUUUUUGUUUUGUCAUUUUUAUCCUUACAAAGACAACUCCGAUAGUUCUAUUAAUAUCUGAUGCGCACAUACGUAAUGAUAAAAUUCCAUUAGAUGUAAUAUCUAAGUGAACGUAUGCCUCACUAAAAGAUUCGUUUAAUCAAUGGAAAAUUGUGAAGAAAGGUCACUUUUGUGUCGCGUAAUUGAAGCGAACGUUCUAGAGAGGGAAUACGAGUAACACACUUGAAAAGGGUUUCGCUCAGUCCAAUACGUUCGUAGAGAGGAAAUGUUGACGAGAUGCUGGGGUAGGGGAUUUGUUAAUCCUUUAUAAAUCAGAGAUUUAGACAAGUGGCAAGCGGAUUCGUUGAUGGAAUCGACUUCGCUAGCGAGUCCGUGAGAUAGAAUGAGUUAGCAACGCCGGGUGACUCAUUCUAACUUUCAGACUCGCUAGCGAUGUCGAUUCCAUUGAUGAAUUUGCUUGUCACUUGUCUAGAGGGCCAGUGAUGUCGCUGAAAUUUCUGUAGUGUAAAAUUCAUUAAAACUAUCGCAAUUAGCUCCUACGGGCAAAUGCAAUGUAGGACGACCCCCACAUUAGAUGGAGUUUUUUUUUUUUUUUUGGUGGAUGAAAAUGGAAUGGUAACCCCGCCUGCGCUAACGGGAUACGCUGGCGUAGCAGUGAAGGGUAAUUAGAUGAGAAUGAAAACAGGUCAGUUAGCCCAUCAUGAUGAAUUCAUCAGGAAUUAACCAUGAUAGUUUCCAGGGAGAACCACGAGGAGGUCGAUCUGGUUGGGUUUAUUGCUAGCAACGGGAUUUUUAGUCUCCAUUACUAACAAUCCCUUUCCCCCCCAUUAGAUGGAGUUAUGCAAGGAGUUAAUGAAUGCAAGUGGUUUGAGAGGGUUUCUUGUGGCAGUUACGGGGGAGGCCUAUGUUCAGCAGUGGACAGACAAAGGCUAAUAUGAUGGUGACGAUAAACUAGCUAUUCGUGGGCUAUAUAUGUACUUUUACGGUUGUAAGGUUGCUUAUCACGGUUUCGUCAACGCGGGAUUCCUAAUUUUUUCCGUAGGAAGUGUCUAGAUCCCGACUUUGUAUACCGGUGUCGGACUAUAUAAAAUUAAACUGCAUCGGAUACCUCUGUCCCAUUCUCAUAAUUAUACAUCAAGCAGUGCUUGCACGACUGUUUUGGUUUGAAAAUAUAAACUAGUAAAGUUAUUGUAUGUAUAAUAUAUUAGUAGUUAGAAAAGUUUAAAUAUUAGAGGUAUAUGUUGUAUGUAUGUAAUAUUAAAAGAUA